AUGGUACCGACGUUUAAUUUGUGCCUGCUUGCUUUUCUGUUAACCUUACUAUCAGAAAUAAAAGCCGAUUUCAACUUUACCAUAAAUUCAUACGAUCCAGAAUAUGGGGUAUAUAUCGGUGAGCUGCCUGAUCCGUCUGAUGCCGAUGUAAAGGGACGAGUGUAUGUUAUCAAUGAAACUGUCUUGCAAAUUAUUAACUUUACUUAUAACGGAAAGGCGCCAGGUACAUCAUAA